AUGGCAUUGCUGGUAAGUUGUCAGGGGCCACCAUCGGAUGAUUGUGAAAGAUCAUGUGGCAAUGUGAGUAUUCCUUUUCCCUUUGGUUUAACGGAAAAAUGCGCCUACAAUAGUAGCUUUCUCGUGUCAUGUAAUCGAUCAUCAUCUGGUGAUCCCAAACCUACCAUUAUGUUUAACCAGACUGAGGUUAGAUAUAUUUAUGCCACCAGAAGUGAAAUAGAGGUUAUGGGUGGUGUUGCCUAUGAUUGCUACAACACCUCUGGUCGAGUCAAAAACUUAACGAUAGUAGAAUCAUAUGAAAAUAAUUUAUUCUUGAUCUCAAACAAGAACAAGUUCGCUGCCAUUGGGUGUGAUACAUCUGCUCUUAUUACAUGGAAUAACAUGGAUAUUAGUUCAUGCAUGUUUGACUGUAAGAACGGUACUGGUCUCACAAAUGGAACUGGCUAUUGUGAAAUGAAGAUUCCAGAAGGGAUGCGUGCAUUGACUAUAGAAGUCGCUAGCCUUGAUAACCACACAGAAGUAGCACAAAUGAAUCCCUGUAGUUAUGCUUUCCUUGUGGAAGAAGGCAAGUACAACUUUUCUAAAACUGAUCUUCUUGAUUUCGGAGGUCAAGAGAUGAUGAUGCCACGUUUACUUGACUGGGCAAUUGGAAACAAGACUUGUGACGAGGUUGAUAAGGCAGCCGAUGAUUUCUUAUGUAAAGGAAACAGUGAAUGCGUUCAAGAAUAUGCUGGUCCUGGAUAUCGUUGUCGUUGCAAGCAGGGUUAUGAUGGCAACCCUUAUAUCAAAGACAACUGCACAAAUAUUGACGAGUGUAAAGCCGGAACUCAUAAUUGCAAAGGCGAAUGCAUUGAUAUUGAAGGAAGCUAUAGAUGCCCAUGUCCAAAUGGUCGACGUGGAGAAUACAUGAAAGAUAAGAGUACUUGCACUGCAAAGGGAUCACCCAUUAUACAGAUCUCUGUAGGUACCUCAGUUGCUGGUUUAUUAAUGCUUUUAUUAAUUACCUGGAUAUACUUGGAAUACAAAAGGCGUAAGAGUUUGAAUAUUAGAGAAAAGUUCUUUGAGCAAAAUGGUGGAAUGAUUUUGAAGAAAAGAAUUUCCGGGGAUAGAGGUCGUCGAAUUCAAGCUGAACUCUUCAAAGUAAAUGAGCUUCAGAAAGUAACCGACAACUAUGAUAAAAGAGAAGUUGGCACAGUAUUUAAAGGAGUUCUACCUGAUAAGAGAGAAGUUGCCAUAAAAAAGUUCAAGAUAGAUCAAAAACAAACUAUCCAAGUCAAGCAAUUUAUUAAUGAAUUGAUUAUCCUUUCCCAAGUCAAUCACAGAAACGUGGUGAAGCUGAUUGGUUGCUGCCUUGAAACAGAAGUUCCUUCACUAGUUUAUGAAUAUGUUCCAAAUGGCACCCUCUUUGAUCACAUCCACAAUGAAUGCAAGUCGAAGGCUAUUACUUGGAACAAACGACUGAAAAUAGCAACAGAGACAGCUGGAGCACUUUCAUAUUUACUCUACACAGCGACCGACCCAAUCAUUCACCGAGAUGUCAAUCCAAAAAAUAUACUGUUGGAUGACAAGUAUGUUGCAAAAGUAGCUUACUUUGGAGCAUCAAAGCUAAUUCCCAUGGAUCAGAAUGAAUUCGCAACAACGGUGCAAGGAACACAAGGUUACUUGGAUCCGGAGUACUCUGAAACACGCCAGCUGACAGAAAAAAGUGAUGUUUAUAGUUUCGGGGUCGUACUAGUGGAACUUUUAACGGGAAAGAAGAUUGUUAAUGAGCAAAACAAAACGCUUGUAACCAAAUCAUUUAUAGCUUCUCUAGAAAAUGAGACUCUAUUACUAGAGGUUCUUGAUAAAAACUUGCAACUAAACAAAGUUCCUCAAGAUAUCAUUCAAGUUUCAAAGCUUGCACAAAGAUGUUUACGCGAUAAAGGACGCGAAAGGCCUACCAUGAGACAAGUGGCAUUAGAGCUAGAACAAAUAUUGGCGGCAUCAACAAAUGACAAGCAUCCACCAGUGAAAAUUACUUCAAAUGAAGCAGAAACUAAAUGUUUUCUUGAUGGAGCAAGUGAAGACAAUGAAGACGAUUAUUACAGCAUCAGGCCGACUCCAGCAUCGUCCGAAACGGUCUAAUCAGUUCAGAUGGUCUCGGUCAAAAGUGGUCUCAAGUUUGGCUACUGGAAUCAAUAUCUACAGUGCUGAUCUCACGUGUGGAUUGUUGCCUGCUCUGGUCACCAUCAUUUUGUGAUUAGGUUCUGUCUCUUUAUAUAUGUUCCUGCACUUGGUCAUUAAUUAUGUGUUGCUUUCAUUAUAUAUACAUGUUUUGAUUUGCUUCUAGUGUGAGUGAUAUAUACAUUGUGUGUGUAACUAUGUAA